AUGGAUGGAAAUAUGGGGUCGCCGCCUGCCGAGGGCGCCGUCGCUGCUGAUGGCGACGAAAGCGUGGCCGCGUCUUCCACCGCCAGCGAAUUGACUCGCAUCUUCAACAGCGCCGGCAUCGUUCCCGGAAGGGGCUACCUGUCGUUCAACCCGCGCGGCGACGACGACGACGACGACGAUGAUGAGGAAGAAGAAGAGGUGGAAGACUUUGUUGCUGUGGACCACGACGAUGCUACCGACUACUCCUACUUAUUUCGCAGACCAUCGCAGGGACGGCCGCGGACGGCGCUCGAUGACCUUCAUCCUUUUACAAGUGUCUUGACACUGUCGAACGUUGACGACUGCGUGAGCGUGGAAGAAGUAUUCCCAGAACUUGAGCGAGCUUCAAGGGACAAGUUCGUGUAUCGUCUUUCGAAAUGCCCCGAGUUGACUCUCGGAAUAUUCAGUCUACCGGUCCUGAACGAGCAUCAGCCCAAACCACGACCGGAGCUGAUCGCACAUAUUAUUGCAACACGCACGUCGUCUCCGCGUGUCACCGAGGCUUCGAUGAAGGUCCCCGCAGACUGGCAGACCAAGAAGCGUAGUCUGCCCGACGCCGGCGAUAAAGAGUAUCUAGGCCAUGAGGAUCAAGGCGGCACUAUUGCCCUGCACUCGCUCGCAGUCAAGGCAGAGCACCAGAGAAAAUCGGUUGGCUCGACACUGAUGAAGUCGUAUAUUCAGCGCAUUAGAGAAGCGGCAAUCGCAGACCGCAUUGCGCUGCUUGCGCAUGACCAUAUGGUUCCGUUUUAUGAGUCGCUCGGCUUCAAGAACUAUGGACCGAGUGCCUGUACGUUUGGCGGGGGAGGCUGGUUCGAUAUGAUCCUCGAACUCCCCAAAGAUCAGAUUGUCGAGUAG